AUGCCGAAGCUGGUCUGUCCCCAUGCGACAACGUGCACCACCUCUCUCCUCCGCCUGCCACCACCAACUCCCAAGGCCGUCGGCCGGCAGUCUUUCGCGUCCUCGCGGCGUCGCCCGCUCGCGCAACCACGCCAUGGCAUCCUGACCGAGCCCUGGCUACCAUCAGCCUCUUCGCCACCACCGAUCACACGCUUCUCACCAAGUCCAAGGCGCUGGGACCUCGAUGGACUAGACGGGCGGCCACCCAAAGACGACCACAAGCCGCCGGAUGAACGGGUGCUGAAACUCGGGAAAACUCUCCGUACCCUCUCGCCGCUCCUCCCAACUAUCCUGUACAACACGCUUCCCCCUGAGAUCCUCGCCCCAGCCAUCAACCUCCACCUCUUCCCAUCGACACACCAGCAUCUCCCCACCGUCAAGGGUCGAACUCUCUACCGCGCAGCGCUGUGGACUGUCCCGGUAGCUUGGAGCAGUGUACCACUUUUGGGAAAUGUCAAGCUCCAGAUUCUGAGCGAGCGGAUCGUGCGCGCGGGCACGGUACCGGACCCAGAGCCACGCGGCGGCCACCAACACGAUUGCGGCGAUGAGAGACUUGUCGUGCGAUGGCGGACUGAGCCGCGCACGGAGAGUAGGCCAUUCCAUGACAAGACGCCGUUCUCCUCGAAUCCGGAGCCGGAUACGAGAGCCAGAUCGCCGACUAGUGGUGAUUCCCCCCAAUCCUCCACCGGUGCCAAUAACCAUACCCACCACUUAUCUAAUUCAAAAACGGGCACCAACAAGGGCCUCAGCGUGCUCCUUGGCGGCGACCAGCCGAUCUUCAAAUUGGCCAAGGAAGAGCAGUUCACCGGCCUCUUCAUUUUCUCGUUCGAUAAAGACGGCCGCAUCCUCACGCAUACGAUCGAGCAUGCAGACGACGCCAACGGCUGGGACCGCACGGCGAAAUUUGUCACACUAACCGACUGGUUGAUUGGAAAGGCGCGCAACUCGCUUGAUCCUGCUCCAGACCCGAGUCCGGGACUGGCGAUGGAGUCUUAUCAGAACUAUAACUGCGGGUUG